CACUGGUUUCCAUGUUUUAUGGGGACAAAAAUCUGUAUACACAGUCACGUCAUGGGGACCAGUUGCGGUAUGGGGACCAAAAAGCUGGUCCCCAUGAGUCAAACUGUAAAAUUCGAUAAAGCAGGUGGUCUAUAUGUGCCUGUGAAAUUUUUAGCCUUGGCCCAAAAAGCAUGAUUUUUGAUCAACGUAUGUGUGUAGACAAUGCUCAGUAGCCCCCCCUACAUAGUUUUCACUGCUAUGGCACUCACUGCGACUGCACUGCUCUACACACACAUUUACAUAAUCCCACCCACUUCCUGGUCCCCACAUGUAAGGAUUUUUACAUCAAUGGAUCAGAACAGGCAGAAAGUCAUCUUUAAUUAGAAUCAUCAGAAGACACUAGAAAGAGCUAGUCAACAUGCCAGCAGAAGAAGAUGAAGUAAAUGUAACACAAAAAAUGCUAAUUUGUUUGCAUGAACAAAUAAGUUUUCUAUUAUGUAUUAUCUAGUUAUAUAUUUCAUUGCAUUCACUGCUUCACACACAUAUUUGCAUAAUCCCGCCCACUCCCUUGUCCCCAAUAUGUGGUGAUUUUUACAACGAUGGAGUCAAACAGGUAGAAAGCAAUCUUCAAUUAGACUCAUCAGAAGACGCUAGCAAGAGCUAGUAAACAUGCCAGCCAAAGAAGCAAAAAUAAAACCUAAGUUUGAAAUGCCAAAAAGGGUCAGCCCCCUUCAGGAUGCCAUUUGUCAUGUUACCUCAAAGACUGACAAGACAGACAAAUUGUGCAUCAAGUACAUUGAUGCAGUUAAAGGACGUGGUGUUUUUGCAAAAGCUGCAAUCAGCAGAGGUCAAUUUGUUGCAGAAUAUAGGGGUGAUCUGAUAAAUGAUUCAGAAUAUCAGUGCAGAAGAAGAGUUUACCACCCAUCAUGUGCUGCAUUUAUGUUUGCAUUUAAGUGGAGAGGAAAAACAUGGUGCAUUGAUGCUUCAAGAGAUGAUGAAUCAUUUGGGAGGUUGGUAAAUGAUGAACACAGACGGCCAAACUGUAAAAUUAAAAGGAUUGAUGUGGAUGAUUUACUAAAUGUGUUGCAGAUGAACGGCAUUAAGGAGAGUGAUUUGGGAAUAGAGACCUCUUAUUCCUCCAUGAUUAUGGAUCAGAUGGAGAAUGUUGCAUGUCAAAACAACUCUCAACAGAUGGCCGCCUUUGAGGACUGUGAUUUGGCUUUAGAGACCUCUCAUCCCUCCAUGACCGUUGAUCAGUUAGAGAUUGCUGCUGUUCCAAACAAUACACAACAGAUGACCACCAUUAAUGACAGUGCCUCGGCUUCAGAGACCUCUCAUCCUUCCAUGAGUAUGGAUCAGACUGAGAUCUCUACUUGUCCAAACAACACUUAACAGAUGACCACCAUUAAUGACAGUGCCUUGGCUUCAGAGACCUCUACUCCUUCCAUGGAUAUGGAUCAGACGGAGAUCUCUACUUGUCCAAACAACACUCAACAG